CUCGUCAACGGGGUGGCGGAAUGGGGCGGCUGGCGUGCUCGCACUCACGUGGUUUUCGCGUAGGCUCCGUGCGCAGGUGGACGCGUGCACUCGCGUGUUUCUACAACACCAACCGUAGCUUGAACGGAAAGCUCGGCGUCUUCCCAGCGAAGGAGAACGAGGGGCUUCCCCGGCUGAAAGUUAGUCUUCAGGCGCGACGAUGCGUGCCACCGAUAACGAUUUUACGAACCGCACGCGCCCGAGGACGCACCACCGUAGGCAUCGUGAGCAUCGUAUCGCACAUUUGGAUCUCGUUGCCGUCGUUCGACCGCGAACGUGCGAUGUCACGGGCGGAUAUCGGGGAUAUCGUGACGAAUCACCAGCGUUCGCCGGGGAAAUUUCUCACCCCCCGGCUGACCGAUAUGAAUGAUGAUCCCCUCGUCCUUAUCGCGGAUUUGAGAAGAAAAGCAGGCACGCAUAAAGAUAUAUGUAUUAAAAGUCACAUGCAUACACUUGCACACAUAUAGAUGCGAAUAGAGAACAAUGCGAAACAGCCGACACGCUUUACAGGGGCAAUUUGGCGUCUGAUAUCAGGAUCACUCUCGCAGUCACGCUGUAUCGCUGGAAGCCAAUUGGAGAACACCUCCGUGUGAAUCACGGGACGGACAUGUUACAGGUUCAAUCGAGAACGACACGCUACGCGACACGUGCCCGCAACGUCGAACACCUGCGUAUAACUCUUGCACGUGUCCACGAAAAUGGUAUGAAUUUUCAUUCGUGUUCCAUUAUUUUCUUAAGAAGUAAAUGUCGAAACUGAUAAUCGAAUUAAUUUUCGUAACGUACUUACAAGAUUUGUAAUAGGAAUAACUUUAUGACAAACUUCCGAAAGCUUAAUUGUAAGAGCUGCCUUAGAAGACUGAGUUAUUAGCGAUUUAACUUUGCCGAAUAGUAACACGUACUCUUCAAUAAUCAGGGAGAUUGAUAUCGGACCCUAAUAUCAAUCUAUAAACAAUCCAAUACUCUGCAAUAAUAACGAUAUCUAGCAACAAAAACCAAAACGAUCAGUUUUCUCUCAUU